UUUUAGAAGGAAAAUUAAGAAUUCGGAAUAUUUUCUUUAUAAGCUAUUUUUCACGAUCCGAUAUAUAUUUGAUAGGAUAUAGAAAUAUGUCAACGAUCAUUAAUGAAUCUUUGCAAAAUAAUUUCGAAGAAGAAGACGAAGGAAAGAUUUAUGAUGCGCGAACUGAAUUUUUAGAAUUGGAUAAUCGUAUUAUUUGGAUUAGAGAACGGGUGUUACAGUUCUUAGGGCUAUCUGAUCAUCAAUAUCUCUUUGAUAAACUCAUACAGGCAAACAAUAGAUAUUUUGAGGAAAAAUUGAUAAAGUUUUUAAGUCAUGAUUUAUAUUCGAUUACAACUCUCGAAAGGAAGAUAAUUUUCUUUUACAAAACAUAUUCAAUAGAAACGGUUCAAGAGGAAAUAGUAGUUUGGGAAAGAAAAGUUGAAAAAUCGAUCGUCGAAAAGAAGAAGAAGAAAAAAUGGAAACUAAUGAAAGGUAAAAAUACUAAAACUAAUUCAAUUAGAAAUCAAAUUAAAUUAUCUUCUAUGAGUUUUGAAUCGAGUAUAGAAUCCACAUCCAGCGAACAAGAAAUAGAGGACGAAGAGGAGGAAAAUAUUCCAGGUUUUGUUCCACCGAUUGGUGAAGAAGAUAAAUAUAUCUUAACAAAGGUAAUAUUACGUCGCAAUAAAAAAUGA